AAGGGCGAGCUGGUGGUGAAUGACAGAAUAGACAGAGAGGCUUUAUGUGGACAAAGCGCCAGCUGUGUGUUGCCUCUGCAGGUUGUUCUUGAAAACCCUCUUAGUUUACACCGGAUUGAGGUCGAAAUAAAAGAUAUAAAUGACAAUUCGCCUAGUUUUCAUACAAAAGAACUGUCUUUAGAAAUUUCAGAAUCGGCAGCAGUGGGGACUCGUUUUCCCUUAGAGAGCGCAGAAGACUCCGACGUUGGCAGUAAUUCAGUUAAAUCAUAUAUUUUGAUAAAAAACGACUGUUUUACCUUAAAAAUGAAGGAAGUUGAGGAUGGUAAGACAGUCCCCGAGUUAGUGUUAGAGAAGCCCCUUGAUCGAGAAACGAAAGCAGUUCACCAGCUACUACUGACUGCAUUAGACGGGGGAAACCCAGUCAUGUCUGGCACCUCACAGAUUACAAUCACGGUGCUUGACGUAAAUGACAAUUUUCCAGUUUUUGAUAAAAAUGUAUAUAAGGUUUCUUUGGAGGAAAAUACCGCAAAAGAUACGUUUGUUAUCAAAAUUGCAGCAACUGAUGCUGAUGAGGGUCUAAACGCAGAAGUUGAAUUCUUGUUUGGCUCGCGGACACCGGAGUCGGUCUUAUCAGUAUUUGAAAUAAAUUCACUAACAGGAGAAAUACGUUUGAAAGGAGACUUGGAUUAUGAAAGAGACACGUCAUACAAAAUUGAAAUAACUGCAAAGGACAAGGGGGUUCCUCGAAUGGAGAGUCACUGUCGUCUUCAGAUAGAUGUUGUAGAUGUUAAUGAUAAAACUCCAGAAAUUGUUCUCACCUCUGAACCGAAGCCGGUGCGGGAAGACUCACCAACUGGCACAGUGGUGGCUUUGCUUAAUGCACGUGAUGCUGACUCCGGUAAUAACAGCAAAGUGACACUGAGACUACCCAGAGGUUGUCCGUUCGCUCUAAAACCCUCCUUUUCUAACAAUUAUGCACUGGUUACCAGUGGUGUUUUGGACAGAGAGAGUUUCUCAGAAUAUAGUAUUGAGAUAACAGCCACUGAUUCAGGUUCUCCUCCUCUGUCCAGCAAGAAAAUUAUACCUGUCAGCAUCACUGAUGUGAAUGAUAACCCUCCUAUAUUCACUCAGUCCUCCUAUAAUGUGUAUUUAAAAGAGAAUGGGGUCCCAGGCUCUAUACUGUACUCUGUAUCAGCGUCUGACCUGGAUUUUGGUGAAAACGCUAAAAUCUCUUACUCUAUACUGGACUCUAAAGUGCAGGAUGUUUCUGUCUCCUCUUAUGUUUACAUUAACUCAGAUAACGGCAGCAUCUACAGCAUGCACUCGUUUGACUAUGAGAAACUGAAGGUGUUUCAGAUUCAGGUUCAGGCAAAGGAUCAGGGCUCCCCGUCUCUCAGCAGCAACGCCACUGUCCAUGUUUUUAUCCUGGACCAGAACGACAAUGCCCCCGCUGUUAUUUACCCCUCCUCCGCCAUGGGCUCCCUCUCUCAUCAGAGGAUGCCCCGCUCCGCUAAAGCGGGUCACCUGGUUACCAAGGUGACGGCCGUGGACGCUGACUCGGGCCAUAACGCCUGGAUCUCCUACAAAGUGGCGGAGGCUACAGACGCCUCUCUGUUCACUGUCAAUCUGUACACAGGGGAGGUGAGGACUAAACGCGCUGUGUCCGAGCAGGACGACUCCUCUCAGAGACUUCUCAUAGAGAUCAGGGACGACGGGGAACCGGUCCAGUCCUCCACUGUCACGGUGUCCAUCCUGCUGGAGGACGGCCUCCACGAGCCCAUCUUAGACCUCCGA